AUGCAAUUUCAAAGUAAUGAAGAAGACGAUUUUCAAUAUCGGAUUUUUGGAGAAUCCUUCAACUUUCCAACCGAAAACAAAUCGACCGGCCGGCGUAAAAAACGCAGCGGGUAUGAUUCAGAGUCGAGCGAUUAUUCAGAGGAUGACACGUAUGAAGAUGUACCGCCUCCAACCAAAGGCUCUGGGCCGAGGAAGAAUAUCAAUAGAGGAAGGUGGACCAAAGAUGAGGACAAACGUUUGAAGGUCUACGUUAAGAUGUACAAUGAGAACUGGGAGAAGAUAGCGAGUCAAUUUCCUGAUAGAUCUGACGUUCAGUGUCAACAGAGAUGGACCAAAGUUGUUAAUCCUGAACUAGUCAAGGGUCCUUGGACGAAAGAGGAAGACGAAAAAGUUAUGGAAUUGGUGGCAAAAUAUGGACCCAAAAAAUGGACUCUAAUAGCGCGACAUCUCAAAGGCAGGAUAGGAAAACAAUGCAGAGAGCGUUGGCACAAUCACCUCAACCCUUCAAUAAAAAAAAGUGCUUGGACAGAACAUGAGGACAGAGUUAUAUAUCAAGCUCACAGACAGCUUGGAAACCAAUGGGCGAAAAUAGCUAAGCUGUUACCGGGAAGAACUGACAAUGCUAUAAAGAACCACUGGAACUCAACUAUGAGAAGAAAAUACGAGCCGGAGUUACUUGACAGCUUUGAACAUUUGAGAAAGAAGAAACGAAAGGAAGAAGAUAUACAACACAAUGAUACAUGGUCGGACACAUUGAACGAGUCGAGUCAGUCAUCAAGUGCGCCGGCUGUUCAUCUUCGACAGUUGUUAAGAGAGAGAGCACGAGGCUCGCUGGCACCGGCUGAUAGCGUCGAGAUAGUUGACUCACCGUUUAGAUUCGUUAAUUUAGAAUCACUGCCUCUGAAUUCGCCAGUGAAGAAUUAUUUGAGUCAAGCCUCCACAAGUGAUAAUAACAGUCAAAAUACAAUAACUUACUCAAUACAAUCUGAAGCUGAUAAAGAAAUAGUUGUACCAUCAAUAUACUCACCAAGAGACUCACCACCACCUAUAUUAAGAAGAGCCAAGCGGAAAACAGCUGACACUACUACACCUUCAAGACAACCGUGGUCAGAUCCUCUGUCUCGUGUAAUGGAGAGCGGUGCUCCUCUACAAGCAUUACCGUUCAGUCCAUCUCAAUUCCUAGUAGCGCCGCUUGGCAAACAGGACGCGACCCCGCUUAGGACUAAGGAAUUGGGUGUAAGUCCUCUGUUGCACACUCCGACACCGAACCUCACACCCGGAGGAACACAGUUUGAACAGAAACAUACUCCUAAAACACCAACCCCAUUCAAGUUAGCGAUGGCUGAAAUAGGCAAGAAAUCAGGUUUGAAAUAUGAACCAUCGAGUCCGGAGCUGUUAGUAGAAGACAUCACUGAGAUGAUACAACGAGAGAACUCUGACAGUCUACAUGAGUGUUUACUAUCACACGACCAAGAGGCACAGAUGAGUUCAGACUCCGGUAUAUCGAGCGUGCAGCGCGGUAAAGAGAACGUGCCCGGUGUACGUCGGUCACGUAAAGCGCUCGCACAUACAUGGGGAGCCGCCACUAGCACGCCGCGGGCGAGACUCAAUGUGCCCGAUGUGUGCUUCGGAGUUGAGACGCCGAGUAAGACGCUGGCCGGCGACAGUUCCGUUCUGUUCUCUCCGCCGUCGAUAGUGAAGCAUUCCCUUCUAGAAGAAUCUACAAGCAUCAUAUCAGAGAACACGCCAGAAGCCUACGAAGAAAUUAAGGUACAACACAGGUGUCAUGAUCCUAACCCUAACUCCUACUACGAACCUGUGUUUAGGAAUAUAACUAACGAAUCACCUAGAACAUUCGCUAGGUUAAACGCGGACAGACUAAAAACUAUAACAAACGCAAACCUAUGUGACAGCUCGUUGGCGCCAAAAGAUGUUCUGACGAACGCGUUAGUCGAUCACAUAUACAAAGUGACCAAUCAGAAGCCGUCUACGUCACGAAUAGACGAAAUAUUGACCAAUCAGAAACCGUCUACGUCACAUACAGACGACAUGUCUAACAAUAAAAUUAAUAAAGCAAAUGACACAGAGAAAGAAAACCAAUGGUGGCAGGUUGAAAAAGAUUCCGGUAUAGAUGAUCUGUACAACGACUAUUAUAUUUUUACUAAUAAUAUGUAA